GCAGGCUGCUGCCGUCAGUUCCUGAGGCGGGGACGGCGGCGGUCGCAGUUGUAGCUGGCAAUGGCAUCUCCACUGAACCUGAAAGAAGCCCCUGGCAACCAAAGCUCAUGGGAAAUGCUGCUGCCAGAUUUCCCUAAAGGGCCACUUUGCAGCUAUCGUAAGAAGGCUUCCUUCAACUGGAGAGAGCUGGCAGUGCUACUGGAUGGUGAAGAUAUCAUCCAGCUUAAGAACAGAGUCUUCUCUGCUCUGGAGAGUGACCCUCUCUUUGCACAUCACCCUGGAGAAGAUCUGUGCCGUGAGAAAUACCAGGAGCUGACGUUCCUGCGCUUGAAAAGGCUCUUUGAGUAUGAGUUUGUUACUCAACAAGAGGUCAUGGAGAACCCACUGAAGCUACUUACUAUGAUAGCCUCUGUAGGAAUGUAUGACUGGUCUGUGUGUAUCCAGUACUGCUUACAUUGUGGGGCAUUUGGAGGUGCAAUUUUGAGUGCUGCUAACAGAUUUGCAGACAUCAUCCAAAAAAUUUACAGCAUGGAGAUUUUUGGAUGUUUUGCCCUGACUGAGCUCAGCCACGGAACCAAUACUAAAGGAAUCCGGACCACUGCCACCUUUGAUCCUAGCACUCAGGAAUUUAUCAUCCAUACUCCUGACUUUGAAGCUGCAAAGUUCUGGUCUGGUAAUAUGGGGAAGCAUGCCACUCAUGCAGUUGUGUAUGCCCAGCUCUAUACCCCUGAUGGGCAGUGCCAAGGGUUGCAUUCUUUUCUUGUACAGAUUCGAGACACAAAAACUCUCCUGCCAAUGCCAGGUGUGAUGGUAGGAGACAUAGGGAAGAAAGUUGGGCAGAAUGGGUUUGAUAAUGGAUUUGCCAUGUUCCACAACGUCAGGAUACCAAAAGAGAACAUAUUGAAUGUGGCUGGAGAUGUCACAGCUGAGGGGAAGUACUCAAGUGCAGUCCAGGAUGCCAAAGAGCGUUUCAGUGCAUCUCUGGGAUCCCUGUCCACAGGCAGAAUUAUGAUCACAACCAUUUCCCUCACCAAUUUAAAGCUUGCCUUGUCCAUUGCCAUUCGCUUCUCAGCAGCCCGCCGCCAGUUUGGGCCAACCGAGGAUGAAGAAAUCCCGGUUCUGGAGUACCAAACACAGCAAUGGCGCCUGCUGCCUUACCUGGCUGCUGCAUAUGCCUUGGAUCACCUCUCCAAAUCCCUCUUUGGGAACUUCAUAGAGUUUUAUGCAGGCUUGUUGACAAAGCAAAGGAGUCAGAGACAGGCUGAUAUGGGACGUGAGAUUCAUGCCUUAUCCGCUGCCAGCAAACCACUGUCUUCUUGGACUGCACAGCAGGCAGCCCAGGAGUGCAGAGAAGCUUGUGGAGGACAUGGUUACCUUGCCAUGAAUCGCCUGGGUGAGAUCCGCAACGACAACGACCCCAACUGCACCUAUGAGGGAGACAACAACGUCCUGAUCCAGCAAACCAGCAACUACUUAAUCAGCUGGAUGAGCUGCAUAAGAGAUAAAGCUUCUUUUGAAUCCCCUUUUGGAACAAUAAACUUUUUGCAAGACUAUCAUCGUAUCCUUGGCUGGAAAUUCGCAGCCAGCAGUGUUGAAGACUGCAUGGACUCCUCAGUUGCUUUAGCAGCAUAUCAAUGGCUGGUUUGCUACCUGCUCCGAGAAAGUGACCUGAAGCUGAGCAAGGAGAAGCAGUCUGGGAGAGGUGACUUUGAGGCAAAAAACAAUUGUCAGGUGUACUACUGUCGGUCCUUAGCCAUUGCCUUCAUUGAGCAGACAGCCCUGCAGAGGUACCAUGACUACACACAUGACCCCAGCAUCCCACCUGCUCUGCAGCCAGUGCUGAAGAAUCUCUGCGCUCUCUAUGGACUCUGGUCUUUAAGCAAGCAUCUAGCUGUGCUCUACCAAGGUGGCUAUGCUGAAGGCGAACGUGCUGGGAAGUUUAUCCAGAAUGCUGUUCUGGAGCUGUGCUGCAGGCUGAAAGAUGAUGCAGUCGCCUUGGUUGAUGUCUUUGCUCCUCCUGACUUCAUUCUCAACUCUCCCAUUGGUAAAGCUAGUGGAGAGUUAUAUAAAAACAUGUGGACAGAGAUCCUUCAAGGCAACAAAGCUCUGAGCAGACCUUCGUGGUGGGCAGAAUUGUGUGUCAACAAGCCUGUGGUGGGCAGGCUGAGGGCAAGAUUGUAAAGCAAACCACUUGUAAGAGGCUGGAUGGGCCAGAGGUGGAUGGAGACAUCAGGAGAAAGGAGAACACGUGUCAAGCACUGAAAAUGAGAGAGGAUUCUGUAGAGAAAUGCCAAGUUAUCUUACAACUUUGAAAUCAAGUCCAAGUUGAUCUCAGGGACUGGUAACACACCAAUGGCAGGAGCAAGAGCAGCACAUCUGCACACUGUUCACAUUGACUCAGCUCAAUGCAUAAAGCUGAGGAUUUGUUGUGGUUGCUGCUUUGCAGAGGUCCUAUCAAAGCAAUGUUCAGUCAGCCUCUGGACUUUGCUGUCCUGUUACAGAAGUGAAAUAAUUCAAAACCAUUUCCCACCAGGGAUUAUGAAUAACCAGGACAGCCUGAGGGAUUUGGGGCUGUUCAGUCUGGAGAAGAGAAGGCUCUGAGGAGACCUCAUUGUGGCCUUCCAGCAUCUGAAGGGGGCUACAAGAAAGCUGGGGAGGGUGUCAGGGAGUGAUAGGACUUGGGAGAAUGGAGCAAAAAUACAAAUGAGUAGAUUCAGCUUGGAUGUUAGGAAGAAGUUUUUCCACAUGAGGCUGAUGAGACACUGGAGCAGGUUGCCCAGGGAGGUGAUAGAAGCCUCACCCCUGGAGGUUUUUGAGGCCAGGCUGGAUGUGGCUCUGAGCAGCCUGAUCUAGUGUGAGGUGUCCCUGCCUGUGGCAGAGGGGUUUGAACUAGAUGAUCCUUGAGGUCCCUUCCAACCCUGACAAUUCUGUGAUUCUAUAAGCUGAACAAAAGCAACAUAAAAGAGAAUUUGAAGAAAAACAAAACCAAAAACCAACCCCAAGAACACCAACAGUGCUAAACCUGUGUUCAGGGAUGGGACUCUUUCCAGCAGCCUCUUUGAAGUCUGUGAAGCUGGUCUGAUUUUCUUCAGAUGCCUCUGUCUUAAACUCCUGGAUUGCUCUCUCAGUGCAGGGGAGGGCUGGGAUUAGAGAUAAUCUGUCUAAAUUGUGUCUGAUUCUGUAGAUAAAAUUAAUUGAAACCAACUUGUUUAUGCAUCUCAUUUCAAACACAUAUGGCAAUGCAAACAUGGGAGGCUUCUCUGUGUUCUUGUUGGUUAGAACAUUUUCAGUCCUGCAAAGCCAGCCUCAAGCCUGGGAGACAGUGACACAGAAACUGUGCUGUGGGUUGGGUCAGAGUAUAUUCAAGUGAAUUAUUGUCAAUGUGGCCUUAUAAGGAUGUAUGUCAGUGGCAGGAGUUAUUGAACAGAGUGGGACAGUUCUCCCUCAGCUGGAUGAACUAUCAAAUGUGUGUAUUCACAAAUGGAAGAGACACUGACAAGGCUUUGACAAUCCAGAACUGUUUAUGAUCCACACAUGCUGUGGAAAGCAAAUUCAUUUUCCAUUCAUUGUAUCUGUGA